GGGGAGGAGCGCAGUUGGAGAAAAACCACCUCCGUGCUUCUGUAUGCGCUUAUAGCAAGCAUGGCAGGCGACAGCGAGACAAGGGUGGACAGUCAAGCCGAAAACGAGAACGCUAUCCGGCAACCUUUCCUCAUCGGGGUAGCCGGAGGGACUGCCAGCGGCAAGGUUGGCAUUGUGAUUUUUAAUGAAUUAGAAAUGUCCUGUUUUUAUUUUAAACACUGAAUUGUCAACGUGGUUGAAGGAUGAGUACUCACUGACCGCGUGGCUCAUGUCAUUACAGACCAAUGAAUGAAUGUUCCAUCAAAGCUAGUUUGUUCUUUAAUCAUUUCUGGAAAAACAUUGACAUUUUUAAAGCGUGUAUAGGAGUAGGCCCUGUUCGGCAAUAAUGUAACCCACUUAUGUGGCUGUAGAGAACUGACCUUAAUCCAACUUACAUUCAUGUCUUUGUCUAUAACAUCUAUAACCCUAUCAAUUAGUGUACAAAUAAUUAAACAUUUUCACAAACCUUCAUUAAACAAGGAUUUCGAGAGGAAUCUACUCUAUUAGAGAAUGAAUCUACUCAUAUAGGCCUAUUAAAUUCAGAAACACCAUUUAUGACAACACAGAUCGAAAAGCAAUAAUUUGCUUAGCCAACUAAACUCAACUCCACGAUUUACGAUGGAGUUGAAUGUGACGUCGAGCUCCAGUCCGCCCACACUAGACGCCACUGAACUCUGUCGGCGAGCUCCAUUGUUACUCUUAAUAUUCACUUGCUAAUGCGUCAACAGAACCAGUUGAUUACACCUGGCGAGCAGUGAAAACACUGCCUAUCCGCCAUAAUACACCAGAAUGGGGUCAGCGGCACAGAAAUAUAACAAGAGUUUCUAAACCCAGAAGCGCAACAUCGCGAGACUUCCGGGAACGCUUGCAAAACCGACCAGGUCGGGUUUUGGGGUUUGAGAAGUCAGAGAGAAGUGAACAUUUUUUCCUUAGUUGUUAAUUUUCUAGAAAUCGAAAGGCACAAAGUAGUUUGAGCUAAUAUCUUAAGUAUUUUAACAUGUUAUUACUCCAACCUCGUGAAAGUGACAAACUGAAAGUUUUAAUUUUUGUCAAAAACAACUUUGUCUGGAGAAGUCUUUGAGUUGAUGGUUUGCACAUGCGCAGUUCGGCGUGAGACGACCGUUAGACCAGAUUACGUGUUUUUAGCUAUCCAACGUCGCCAUGACAUACAAGUGUGAUCGGGGAUUUCUAUUGGAGAAGCAUUUUUAGCCUAUCUUCAUACUGGAGCCUACUGUCUUUGGUAAUAUGUGUCACAUCUUACGUCAUAACGUACUGGGAGGUGAGCCUUGGCCUACAUCAGUGCAGUGCUGCUUUUUCCAUGUAGGCUUCUGUUCAUCGUGGUACAGUAAAUAAUAAGUGCUCCUCUCUUCAGACUCAAGAAUUCAACCAUGCCAAAGUCAAAUUGUGAAUUAUAAAGUGAUGUCUGUAUUAUCUAGCCCACUUGUAUUCACAAUUGUCUGUUAGGUAAAUAGGUAGGCUAAACAUAUGGCCUUUCAAAUGCACCUCCCCCUACCUACCCCUCUGACUGAAGUGACUUAUCUCUUGUUUUUCUGUUUUGUUUUUCACUGUCUCCCAGAGACAUUUACAUUUGAAUCAUUUAGCAGACACUCUUAUCCAGAGCGACUUACAGUUAAGUGAGUGCAUACAUUUUUCAUACAGUCCCAAACAGUCCCUGGAAAUGGCUGAUGGCCUUGCAGCUAUGUCCUCUGCUGUAUUGUGUAGUCUCAGUCUCUCAGGCAAGGAUUUAAUAGUAUCCCUAUCAUUUUCAAAGGUCGCAUAUGUUAUUAUCAUGUUUUGAGUAGUAUUUAAGACAAGGGAGGAUUUAUUAUGGUCUGAAACCCAUUUCUCCUCACAAGUCCUAUUGUGGAAGUGUAUACACUGUAGGCCUACUGAGCCGGGGCGGGCUUUACUCCUUUAGCCUGGUUAUGCAUCCACCAUAUUUCCUGAAAUAUCCAAGCCAGCACAAUAGCCUACGGUUCGGGUUAGCACAGUAGGCAUUAGGGCUGAGAAUUGCCAGGGACCUCACGAUGCGAUAUUAUCACGAUACUUAGGUGCCGAAAUGAUAUUUAUUGCAAUCCUAUAUGUAUUGCGAUUUGAUGUUCCAAGCAUAUUGCUCACCAUAUGUGUUUGCUGCAGAGGGACAAGAGAGAAAUUAAAGUGCUGAAAACAAAUGGGCUCCCUAUUUAAAAAGAAGAUGGAGAACAAGCUAUGAAGGAAAAAUACUGGAGUUCUGGUGCAGGUACAGCAAACCAGCGCAAAGAUUAAUAUUGCAAUAUUGUCAAAAUGAUACUCUAUAUCAGGGGUGUCAAACUCAUUUUAGCUCAGGGGCCACAUGGAGGAAAAUAUAUUCCCAAGUGGGCCGGACCGGAAAAAUCAUGGUAUAUAUAUAACUUAAAAACAACAACUUCAGAUUGUUUUCUUUGUUUUAAUACGAUCAACAUACAACAUAAAGCUGGAGCCUGAGGACAGUGUGUCCAAAAUAGUACAAGCACAACAUCACUAUUAAUCAUAAAACACGUCAAGUUUAUUUGAAAAUUCUAAAGAAAAAGAACACACAAACACACAAUGCCUCAGUGAUUAACAGAACUGUUUCACAGAUCACAGAACUAUAUCAGGGUGUCAUUUCUCAGGCAGAAAUGUAGAUAAAAAUAAUGAAAUCCUGUUCCCCAAACAAGUGCAAGAACCACAGAGUCAAGAAUAGGUUAAAUAUACAAAUAAAAUAAAAUCAAUUAAAAACAAUAGCACAUCAACAUAAAAACAUAUAAACAUAAAUCUGAAAGCGUUGCUCAAACUCCCGUAACAGUCCAGUUAUUUUAUCUUUGAACCGCUUCAUGUCUGCCACAUGUUGGGUCGCGCACACAUUUUUCAGACAGGGGAAGUGAGCUGCAUCACCACCGGCAAGUUGCGUCUCCCACAAUGACAGCUUCAACUUGAAAGAACGUAUGCUGUCAUAAUACUGCGUGACAACCAGCUGUUUGUUCAAGUUAUUCAGGUGCUCUGUAACAUCCACCAUAAAUGCAAGGUCCGGCAUCCAUUCUGCGGAAUGAAAUUCUAACACUGGUUUGCCCUUUUCUUCCAUGAACUGUUCAAUUUCUUCUCGUAAAUCAAAGAAACGCCUCAGCACAGCACCUCGGCUUAACCAUCUUACCUCAGUGUGGUAUGGCAGGCCAUAGAUGUGGUCUUUCUCUCUGAGAAGGCUGUCAAACUGACGGUGAUUCAGGCUUCUGGAUCGGAUGAAAUUAACAGUUUGGAUGACCACCUUCAUGACGUUAUCCAUCUUUAAUGACUUGCAACACAAAGCCUCCUGGUGCAAAAUACAGUGAAAAGUAAAAAAAUCACGUCCUCCAUUUGCAGAUUGCACUUUCUCUCUGAACUUUGUCACAACGCCUGCUUUUUUCCCGAUCAUUGAGGGCGCACCAUCUGUAGCCAGGCUGACAGCGCGGGACCAGUCCACUCCGACCCUGUCCAGCGUGCCGACGAGUGCGGUGAAAAUAUCAGCUGCUGUCGUUGUAUCUGUCAUCGGCACCAACUCCACGAACUCCUCGGUGAUGGUCAAUGUGUCAUCAACUCUGCGGAUGAAAAAAUGGCCAGUUGUGCAACAUCUGUAAUGUCCGUGCUUUCAUCAAUUGCAACCGAAAACACAAUAAAUGACUUUACUUUUUGCUUCAACUGGCUGUCCAAAUCCACUGAAAGAUCGGAAAUCCUGUUUGCAACUGUGUUUCUUGUCAGGCUGAUAUUUGCAAAAGCCUGCCGCUUUUCAGGGCACACAAUCUCCGCUGCCUUCAUCAUGCAUGUUUUUACAAAUUCACCCUCACUAAAUGGUUUUGAAGCCACUGCGAUUUCAUUAGCAAUGAGGUAGCUAGCUUUCACUGCAGCGUCACUGAUGUCUCGGCUGUGAGUAAACACAGACUGCUGUUUCUUCAGACCCGCCAACAGUUCAUUCACCUUCUCUCAUCUCCGCUGUCCUUGAAAGUUGUCAUAUUUGUCAGCAUGAAGACUCACAUAGUGGCGACGAAGGUUAUAUUCUUUCAGCACUGCAACAUGCUCUGAACACACCAAACAUACAGCUUUCCCAUUCAAUUCUGUGAUUAAAUAGGAUGACCAUUUUUCUUGGAACACUCUGCACUCUGCGUCCACUUUUCUCUUUUUUGACAGAGACAUAUUGGGGCAAUGAGGGUGCCAAAGCACAUAAUGUUAAAAGUAGAAGCCGUAAUAAAUAUCGCGGGCAAAACAAAGUAGCUCAUUGGCUGCACGUGCUUGACCUACUUGCUCUGCCCCGGUAUAAACAGUUUGCUUGCUUAACACAAUUGCUAUUGCGCCAUCCAGUGGACGCAAUUGGAACAGCAGUUUAUUUUAUUGAAAAAUUGCAGCGCAUUUUUAUACUUAAAAAAAAUAUAAAUAUAUCAUCUCGCGGGCCGGAUUAAACCCGUUUGCGGGCCUGAUCCGGCCCGCGGGCCGUACGUUUGACACCCCUGCUCUAUAUCGUAAAAAAUUAGACCCCCCCCCAAAAAAAUCCCCCUACUGUCAAUCAGGCACGAUUGUACUGUUCCUUCCCAACAAUGUUUAUUUGACCUUCGGCAGUGUUUUGUCAUCACAGCCAGUGAGCUGACCAUGUCAUCCUGUCUUUGUCCUGAUUUUCAAAAAACAUAUACUAUUUUUUUUACAGAUUGAUAUUCCCACUGUAACUGAACAUGACAUAGCUUGUCAAUUGUCUUUAUGUACCUCUGACGUAGGAUUGCAGGGUAAACUGCAGUUUAGCUAUUUUGGACACAAUAGAAUUUUGAACUGGGGCACGGGAAUGUUUAGUCAGCGUUGGCAGUAGAAGAGGCAGACUUUGUGUCUGUCUGACUGACCCAUGCUUGGGUAAGAGACCUGACCUGGUCCUUUGUAACCAAGAGCAAUUUCGUCAGUCACUGUUUUAUUAAGGGCUUGGAAGAAAUGUGAAACGACAAAGGGGUCUGCUAUUGGGGGAGUUGGUGCUCUCAGAAACCUCACAAGCACUAACCUGACAAUCAUCUCUCUAACAUUUGUUUGCUUUGUAAUUUGUUGUAGAUACAUUUUGUAGAAAGUAUGCGAAGAAAAUAAAUGCAGAUAAGAAAUUAACUCUUUCACAUCCUCUAUGAAAUGCUGUUCUAGAGCAUGAAUUGUGGUUCACUAUUCCUUUGCGUGUAAUAUUUCUUGGUAUCAUACCCCACCACAAACGGAAGAGACAAACUACCAGUAGAGCCACCUGUUUAUCCGACAGUACUUUUUUCUUCUUCUGACAAACUUUUCUGGGAAGUCUGGAGAGACCAUGCAGUGUCAGUUUAGGCUGUGUGUGGGUGUAUAUGAAGUCUGUAGGGCCCAGGCCCAGCUUGCAGAUUUUUGUUUUUUUUGUUAGUUUUUUUAUCUUUAUUUUAACAGGGAAAAAAACAGACUGAGACCUGGAUCUCUUUUAAGGCUGUGCCCUGUGUAAACAUGUUGACAUGUACAGUUUUAGACAUACAGACAAGAACAUUUCAAACAUACAAAACAAAAACACAAUUCAACAGAAACAAUCACAGACAACAUCAUAUUGAUCCUCCAUAAAAAAUUUAAAAUGGGCAAGGGACACCAGAGUGUCUAACUUAAGUUGGAUCUGCAGUUUGUUCCAUAAAUAAGGUGCAAAGGAACUGAAGGCAGUCCUACCCAACUCUGUGGAUUAUUAGUUAAAUGGAUUGAAAGUGUGACCCGGACUGGUGACUAGCAUUUUAGUGGGCAGCCAGGGAGUAGAGCUCCGAGAGAAUAGGAAUGCUCAGUGUGGAUUAAAAGGAAAGUGAAGGCUAAGUACAGUGAGUCCCAUCAAAGAACAUAUUGUGGCUGCGUGAACAUCUUGUAAUGGCCCUUCUUCUUUGACAUCCUUGAGCUAUUCCCUCUGAAUGUAGACUCAUUUAUAAACGUGGAUAGACUCCAGACAAAUAUAUUCUGCUUUAUCAUCUUGUAAUAUCUUUGCCCUGUCUGAGCUCUUUUCAAGGAGACACUUCUGUAAUUUUCACUGAUUGCUAGCAUGCAUUUUCCUCUUCUGCUGCAAUACAUUUUCCCUUCUCUAACAAGUUCAACUUGACCUAUUGUCUGUUGCCAGUCAUCUCUGUUUUUCUGAUCUCUGGUAGGCCUGGAGCAAGCAGUUAGAUUAUCAUUGCAGUCGGCUGGUGACACGUGUAGGUGCAGUGGUCUAAGAAUAGUACCUCUAUUGACUGACCGACAUCCUGUCUACUGUGGUGUGCCUCAGACUUGAUACGUGGCAGCCUUACCGUUCUCAAUGACACGUCUGGUUUGGACUUAAUGUGCUGAAUUUUGUUGUCAUAAUGUGAGAUCAUCAUUACUGAUCUUGUCAUCCUAUUUACUGUAGGCCCUCUCUCCUCUACCUUGAAUUGGCUAAUGAACCAUAGAGACAUGUAUUUUAUGCUGUACUGCGAGAACAACAGGGAUGGGCUAGUGCCCUUUGGCGUUUUUAUAUUUGUAUGUUUAGUAUAUUUUUCAAUGUAAGAUAAUACUGUCACUUCCCCCUUGCACUUCUUAAACAGACAGAGGUUAGCCACGCAUGAUGUAGUGAACUGGAAGCCAGCAAGGUGACCACACUCAGGGGCCCUGAGUCCUAGAGUGGUCCUAUGAAUAAAAGAGGAGUCUAGUUGUAAAAUAGUAGGUCAGAGUAUUGUAAACAUGUAAGAACAUUUAAAUGGGAGCUAUUGCACAUUACUGCAGAUUUGUCUUCUUCUGUCCGUAUGUCUGUAAUAGUCUAGUACCAUUUAUAUUCUUUAUGACCCAUUCUUAUUUUUGACAUGCUCUCAUCUCCAUAGCUCGGUGAACACAACUCCACUCUUACAUCUUUAUGGGUCACAAUUUACUUCAGAUAACACUAUCUGACAGACUUAACUGUCUGUCUCUCGCUCCUCCUUCUGCCCUGGCCAGUCAUCUGUCUGCGGUAAGAUCAUGGAGCUGCUUGGCCAGAACAAGAUUGACCAUCACCAGCGCCAGGUGGCCAUUCUCAGCCAAGACAGCUUCUACAGGGUCCUCACACCGGACCAGAAGGCCAAGGCACUGAAGGGACAGUUCAACUUCGACCACCCAGGUAUUUAUUUAUUUAUCUGGAUACUAUGUCGAUCGCUAAAUUGUAGUCUUAUGUGUAUGGUAUAUGUUAACAACUAGUGUGUAAAAUAAAUAAAUAAUAUUUACUCAUGUCCCUUUGCUCUCUCAUUGAAGAUAAAUAUUUGCAUUGUUGUGUUUCUACUCAAAUGAUACGUCUGUUGGGCUUUUCCCCCUAGUUCUUAGAAAUAGAAUUACCAUCAUUCCUUGAGAGAACUAAAGGUUUCUACAUGUCCUGCCUUGGGGCCCCUAAUGGCCAAUGAUAGACUGCUGUAUUGAAAGUCUGUCUCAUUCAGAGUACAUACUUAGCAGCAGUGUCUCACUCUGGCAGAAUGUGUAGCAGAGUAGUCUGUCUCAGACAGUGUGGUAGAUAAUGUUUGGGCCUAUGUCUUAGUCAUUGCAGUCUGGCCUUUCUGGCUCUCUGGCUCUGGCUCUGAUUCUGGCAUCUAUUGUGGGGUUUGGCUUGCCAGCCAUAUCAGCACCGGUUCUAUCCUCAUAGCAACAUGUCUUCUAGUGGGGGUUAGGUCUAGAUCCUAUGGCUUGGCACAGUGGCACCAGCAGAAACACAGACAGACACCAUUGUUCUAAGUGCCUUUGCUCUCUCUUUCUUCUCAGAUGCAUUUGACAAUGAGCUCAUCGUCAAAACGUUGUGGGACAUUUUGGAGGGCCAAACAGUGCAGAUCCCAGUGUAUGACUUUGUCACCCAUUCCAGGUCUGUGGUUAGGAUACACACUCACUCACUCCCUCCCUCCCUCACUCACUCACUCACUCAUCUCAUACACAUUGUCCUCUCCCUGGUGUGUGUGUGUGUGUGUGUGUGUGUGUCAGGAAGGAAGAGGCGGUGACAGUGUACCCAGCAGACGUGGUGCUGUUCGAGGGCAUCCUGAUGUUCUACUCCCAGGAGAUCAGGGACCUGUUCCAGAUGAAGCUGUUUGUGGACACAGAUGCAGACACACGGCUCUCACGCAGAGGUGAAAGCUUAGACACAUAUAUAUAUAUAUAUAUAUAUAUAUAUAUUCACUAUUUCAUUGGAUGAAACACAGCAAACUUGUGAAUUGUAUAAAAACAGCAGGGGGCUUCCAAUACAGUUCCUGGAGGGCAUGAGUGGGGACUGGAUGUAGAGGUCUACUAGCUGUAAGAAUCUUUCCUGUGAAAUCAUACUGAAAGCUCCACUCCUGUUCUGUGUUCCCUCCCCAGUGCUCAGAGACAUCGGCGAGCGAGGAAGGGACCUGGAGCAGGUGCUAACGCAAUACAUAACCUUUGUCAAGCCCGCCUUUGAGGAGUUCUGUCUGCCAGUGAGUACCUAGCUAUGAUACUGCCACAACGCAUAUUCUAAGAGCCUUGGAUCAAUCGAUUAAUGUCAAUAGCUAGGUUUCCAUCCAAUUGUCGACAGAUUUUCAUGCGAAUAUUCUCAAAUCUGCAUUUUCCAUUAUAUUUAAUUGUUGUGGAUAAAAGGCUGUGCGUGAUGUAGUGCACAUAAAAAUUACUUUUGAGGUUAAAUUCCCAUGUACCGAAUAAAAAACACAAGUUAAAUAGGUUUCCAUCGCAUUUUCAAUUCUACUGAUGGUUUUGUCACAAAAAAACGUUGUUAUAUAGCGAAUGUACCCACUCUUGUCUUGGCACAGUGCAGGUAUAGCCUACAUGAUGAGAUUAUUAUGGACAAAAAAUGUACGAUUAUUUUUAUUUGUCAAACGGCAGCCAAGAAUUGAUCAUGUCAUCAGAAUAAGAUGCUCAAUAUUUAUAGGAAAGGAGCAUCAAGCUCAUCACCCUGCACUUUCACCACCCUGUGAAGUUCAUCGUAGCUUAUUUAAUCUGUAGCCUAAUAAACUGCAUGCUUUCCUGAGUCGUAGUGGGAGGACCACACAACAUAUCAUCGCGUGACUCCAAGUUUAUCAUAUAUAAUAUGAUGGUAUUAUAUCAAUAUUUGCACAUAGAGGUUUCCACCACCAUUUCUCACAAUACAUUUUACAGACACAAAAAGAUCCCACCUUGUCUAGUGUGUUUUGUUGACAGUUGGAAACUUUACAGACAAAUGUGUUGUUUCCAUCAGGCCUGUCGUGACAUUUUUUUAUCUGACAUGUACUUUACUCGCAUAAAAAGGUUGGCUGGAAACCUGGUUAUUGUCAGUUGUCUCAGACCUCCUCUUGAAAGGUAUUGAACACCCUGGCCCUGAUUCAGAUUGUAUUCCUAAACAUGUUUAUUUCUUCACCCCCUGUAGACCAAGAAGUGCGCUGACGUGAUCAUUCCCAGAGGAGCAGAUAAUCUUGGUGAGUUUCUGACUGUUUGUUUCUCAAUAUUGCUGCCUUAUGCAAGCAGGCUUUUGUGUGACAAACAUCACUGACUGACUCAUUCUUGGACACAUCUCCCCAUAGAGAGUCUGUCAUUGACAUUGUUAAGCAGCCCAGUCUCUUACCCUGCGAUGGUAAACUUACUAAAGGUUGCUGUGAAUGUGAUGGCUGUUUUGUUUAUUCUACUGUUUUGAGAUAGAUAAUGUUGUGGCCUGUGAUUGGUGAGACCUAUACAUGGGAAUCAGACUAGAUUAGCUGUUUUGUCCUGGGAAUGUUUCAGACUGUCUCUGUUUUGGAAUGGCAAGGUCAAUUGUAGAUUUCUCAAAGCAAAAUGUAUUUGCAAGCCCUAUUAGUCAAACUGUGGUGCUUUUAAAUUCUGGAACUUGUUCUGCUUCAAUUUUAUCUGAAUAAAAGAGGAAUGGAACACCUUAUAGAUUAUCCUUCAAUGUCCCCUCUCUCUCUCUCUCUCCCCUUAACAGUUGCCAUAAACCUUAUAGUUCAGCACAUCCAGGACAUUCUGAACGGUGGUCUGACCAAACGCCUGAACGGCAGCCUUAACGGUUACGGAACUCCCCGGAAACGGCAGGCGUCAGAGUCCAGCAGUCGGCCCCACUAACCACACCACCCCUCUCUGAACGCUAGGGAUCGAUGGAAGAGGGGAGGAGGGCUCAUCUGUACAUGCAUAAAUACAUACAUACAUACCU